AUGUCUUCCGAAUCCCGAGAUGAGGCAAUCCGUGAAGCAAAGCGCUACGUCCGCGACGUAGUCCAGAAUGACUGGUCUUUCGAGUUUUCUGCAAAGCCCGGUGCCCCGCCGCCAAAGUACCCUGCGAACCCAGAGCCCACGGAAGUACUGGAAUGGCGACUCCGCGAAUACGACAGCUCGGGAUCGGAACUCGAGCCGCAAUUUUCGCCCAUCGGCAGUCCGGAGCGCGUGGACGUUGGCGAUGCUUUUGAUGCUUCUUCACCCCAGUCUGCGGGGUCACAACAGCGUCGGCGCAAAAGGCGCAGGCAGAUGGAGGAGGAGAUGAGCUGGAAUGAAGGGUUGCGUACGUGGUUGGAGAGACGGGAUGCAUGGUCGGGAGCCUUGUCUAGAGAGCAGGUCAGGAUGUGGGAGCAGAAACACCGGUCAAUGUCCACGAAAGACGCGGAGUCUGGGGAUAAGGGUGGUAACGCCGCUACGGCGUUGGAUACAGACGCCCAGAGCAUUCCGGCGUCUACAACAUCUCGUCCGUUUGCUAUCCCGGCUACGGGGCCUGCGACUGGGGAGUCGCCGAACCUCGCAUCGAGGACAGAGGCUCUGAACAUUGCAGACAAUCAAACCACACCGUUGCAAGCUCAACAAGCCCAAGAUCAAAGCAGCGACAUUCAACCACCAAUCCCUAACGAUAACGCAGGAAAACUUGAGAUCACUACCGAUGCUAUUCCGGAAAUUCCAGUCCUUCCACAAUCUCUCACCUCCGCUACCGCCGUUCCCACCGCAGAACCCCCUUCAACCACUACUACGACGUCCUCGACCCCCUCAACGCAAGACCAUUUCUACGACCCUCUCAUCCCUGUCGUCCCCUCCAUGAUUGCAACUUCAAAUCCAAUACGCGCCUCCAUCACACCAGCAAUGUACCCUUCCAUCUACUCUAAGGUCGUCAUCCAGGGCCUCACGCCCACAGUUCCCAUUAACCUCGCCGACAUGACUAAGGCCAUGGUUCAGGGCUGGAAAGCAGACGGACAGUGGCCUCCAAAGCCUCAGAACCUAGUACUUGCGAACGACGCCAUCGUUCGGCCAAGUAACGCCUCGGCUACUAAGCACCCGGAUACGCCUGCGAUUCCUGCAUCAGCAUCGGGUGACAAGAACAGACCGAGUUCGCCCGAGUCGAAGCGCAAGUCGGGAAUUGCGAGCACAGUUCGCAAGGUCUUGCAUUUCUCGGGGUUUCAGCACCAUCCGUUUCAUAGGCGUGGCUCUUCGAGCCAGAAUAUUUCGCAUCAGGAGGAUCCUGCAGAAGCCGGGGUUGGGGCUGCUGAGGGCUCAUCGGUGGGUGCGAAUGUUGAGCAGGGAGACAAAUAGAAGCAUGGCCGGGCACUGCGUUACAUUUUGUUGUCCGCGACUGUGAGCGACAUCAGUAUCAGGGCCAUUUAUUUAUCUAUCUCUCUCUUCUUUCUGGUUCCCCUAUCUCCAGCGUUUCUAAGAAGCAAGCGGGGACCACACUCAUUCUAUAUCUUAUAUCCCAAUGUUUGGUUGGUGUAGGGAAACCUACUGCAAAACUAUUUAUUAAGGUUUAUCUACUCAACGUCACAAAAAAAGAUUACCACAAACUUAUUUCCGUUCCAUGUUUACAUCUACCUUUGAUAAAGAAACGUGGAGCGAAGC